UCCCCCUCCCCGGGGACAGGAGGACCAGUUUUCCCCCCUGCCCUUUCCUCCUUCAGUCUUCCUCUCCCCUCCCAGCCUUUGGGGAAGGUGAGAGGGUGGGGGUGCUGCCUGGAGUCUGGGCUGGAGUGGCCUGGAAGGGUCGGAGCGGUCGGGGAAAGUUUCCACGUGGAGCCUUCGUCGGGGGAAGGGAGGAGGCGGAGAGGGAAGGAGAGCGCGUAGAAAGGAGCAAGGAAGGAGGGAGCGAUUGGGGGUCCCAGGCAAAGGCUCUUGGAGUGUAAUUCCUAAGGUGAUGUCUGCAGGCAGUUUCUGGGGGAACCUGCCUUCCUUUGGCUGGGGAGCCCCUCCCUAGAGGGGGUCUCCUUCUUGGGACUCCGCCCUUAGAGUGGCAGAAUGGGGGGCAAUGGCUCCGCCUUGAGGGUCUGCACAGAUCACAGAGGAGGCAUCAACUGGCUCAGCCUGAGCCCCGACGGCCGACGGCUGCUGACGGGCAGCGAGGAUGGCACUGCUCGUCUCUGGAGCACUGAUGACAGCCAAUGUCACGGACACUUCCAAGGACAUGAAAGCUAUAUCACUUUCUGCCAGUUGGAAAAUGAAGCUGCCUUCACCUGUAGUGCUGAUCAUACCAUCCGAAAGUGGGACGUGGUGACUGGACAAUGUUUGGCUGUUUACCGAGGACAUACGUCAAUUGUAAACAGGAUCCUAGUUGCCAAAGACUACCUCUUCAGUGGUUCCUAUGACCGAACGGCCCGCUGCUGGAGUGUGGAUAAGGAACGUCAAAUCCAGGAGUUUCGGGGUCACCGGAAUUGUGUCCUGACCUUAGCUCACUACUCCUCCAAGGACAUCCCAGAUGCAUCUUCAGCAGAGGGGGAGAAGGUCAGCGGAGACUUCCUGGUAACUGGCAGCACAGAUGGCACAGCCAAAGUUUGGUGGGUGUCCAGUGGUUGUUGCUACCAGACCCUGAGGGGCCACACAGGAGCGGUCCUGUGCCUAGCCCUGGAUGAACUCAACCAGGAGCUCUUCACAGGCAGCACUGACUCCACCAUUCGCACUUGGAACCUUGUGACUGGGGAGCCACUGAAGGUGUUUAAAGAGCAUCAGGGAUCAGUGAUCUGCCUGGAGCUGGUGAAUCGGCACUUGUAUUCAGGAAGUGCAGACCGGACGGUGAAGUGCUGGCUGGCAGACACAGGGGAGAGUGUGCGCACUUUCAGGGCCCACAAGCAUAGCGUGAGUGCCCUCAAGUAUCACGCCGGCACCUUGUUUACAGGCAGUGGGGAUGCCUGUGCCCGAGCAUUCAAUACCGAGUCUGGUGUGCUACAAAGGGUAUUCCGGGGCCACACCUUCAUCAUCAACUGCAUCCAGGUUCACAAUGAGGUGCUCUACACAGCUUCCCACGAUGGCACACUGAGGAUCUGGGACAUUCAUGGAGUCUGCAAGCAAAAUUUGCGUAGCCGCCCCAAGAGGGAGCUGGCCCAGAAUCGCAGCACCCCCAAAAGGAGCCUCUCCCAGCUCUUCAACAACAAAGUUGGUUGCACAGUGACUCCACCUCAGGGUGGGGAGUGUGAGACCAUUGAGCUACUGUGACCCUGGAGUAUAGAACGGACCUUAGUUAGCCAUUGGUCGCCAAAACCAAGCUGUCUGUUACUCAGCAGAAGGGAAAACUAGAAGGUCCCAAGCUCAGAGAGUAUUGAAGUGAAUGUUUGAAAAUCCAUUUCCUUGACGAGCUCAGGAAAUUGAAUGCCUUGUGGUGUUACUUCACGUAGGUCAUGAUGGUACAGAAGCCUUGAUUCAUGUGCCUCUAGGACUUCUGGCUGGGACUGACAAAGGAGCCCUGUAGGACUAGAUAAGUUUCUUCUGUAUGCCUAUUAUCAUAUAACUGUAAUUUUAAACUAUUUUUAAAAAUUCCUCUCUGCAACCAGCUGCUGCCCAGCACUAGAGCCCUGUUCUCAAGGAAACAAAAAAGGAAGAGACAAGCAAGAAGAUUCUGCCUUUAUUACAUUGUCUGGCAAGGGAUGAGGUGACAUAGGUUACACUUUUGCUUUGGGAAUUUUGUCUCCAUUUUUCUCUUCUCCCUCCUCCAUCCUUCCCCUUUUCUUCCCCUGCCUCUUCAAUUCUUCUCUCCACACAUUUUCUCCAAUUCCUCUCCUUUUCCCUUUUUACCCCCCAUCUCAUUUCCUCUGCAUGUUGUCACUAUCGAUUUCCCACUUUGUCUUUCCCUGUUCUUUUUAUUCUCUCCAUCUAUUUCUCCCUCUCCUCUCUCCACUCCCUCACCUUCCCCCAACAUAGACCCAUUACCACUGUGGAUAACCAAGUGAAAGCUCACCGAGAGCACAAGAUUAAGCCUUUCUUGUGGGCAAGACUGGCCACUACUCCUCAGACACGAACUUGGCAAACCCUAACUUCUCUCUCUGUCAUGGAUCAACAACCUGAGCUCUUAUUCUCCUGCUUAGGAAUAAGAGAUCAGACACUAAUCCCUCCACUCUCUGAAUCCCCAAAUGAAGCCAGAACCUUAACUCCCCAACUCAAUGAGAAGAGAGUGGAGACAUUACAUUUUUUAAAAAAAUAUUUCAAAAGAUAACCAUUGAGCCAUGGAUAUGUAUGUGAUCGCUGUCAUUUUUCCAUUUUGGUCAGUUUUCUGUGAUGAGGGAACUUGAUAGAGAACUGAAAUACAUAUUGUUUGCUAGCCAUGCUCUCUUGAUGUGCUUUUCUUGAUUUAAUCCUGUAAAACUCUUAGGCCAAGUUCUAGGUUUUGUUCAGAGGGGUGCAGUAAACACAGGUGAGGCUGGGUGCUAUGAUGGCUUUGGAGUCUCAUCUCUCCCACUGACACCUCAAGGAACCUUGGACAAGUUAACUUUUCUGAGCCACAGGCUCCCAGUUUGUAAAAUUAGGUAGAUCAGGCUAUGUGCAACCACAGGAACCUUAAAAAUCCUUUAAACUAGUGGAGUCAAACUCCAAUAGAAACAAGGGCCACUGAAUUGUGUGAGAAUCCCUGUGGGCUACAUGUUAACUUAGAAAACCACAUUUUAUUCUAUUUUUAUUUAUUUUGUUAAAUAUUCCCCCAUUUCAUUUUAAUCUAGGCUGGGCUGCAGUAGGGAGUGUUGUGGGCUAAGGGUUUGACAUCUCUGCUUUAGACCAACUUUUUCAUUUAACACAUGGGGAAAUAGAGGCCCGAGAGAUCCAAGGUCACAUCACAAUUUAAGUGACAGGGUUAGGAUUAAAAACUCCAGAUUUCUCCCGACUUUCCAUUGUACUUACUCUAUGGUCCCUAACAUCCCUUCUGGCUCUGAAACUUUUCUUCCACGAUACCUUCCUCACAAACUCUUUAGUUUGGAGCGGUAUUUGGCUUCUGCUGGUUCUUAUCCCUUAGAAUGCAAUGUCUCAUUUCUUAUACUCCAGCUACAAGGAUCAGGACUGCUCUCAGCUUGAUGCCCAGCUAGGUCUCCCAGGAUACCCAAUUCUGCCUGGCCUAUAAGAGGGAUUGUGUGGGGGUGUCUGGAGUGACUACUUAACUCAUCUGUGGGUUAUCCACACAACCAAACUCCUCUAAUUCAUGCAGAUUACUGGAGAGUUGAUUAGUUUGGGUGAUGUGGACAUAUAAACAGGAGUUGGAGGACCAUGUGUGAUGACUACUAAACCCAGAAGAAAAUGAAGGUCUGUAAAAAUAAGGGGUAAGCCCUAUGGCUUCCUGGUUUGGGGUAGAGAGUUGCCUUUGUUUUGUGUGGCGAAUGGAGAAAUUAAGUACCCUCAGGAUUUUUGACUUCUCUGCACCUGAUGGGGAGACUGGCCCAGGCUCUUCUCCAGGGUCCUCAGUCAACAACUUUAAUAGAACAACAAUGUUGCAAAGGUAGGUCAUAAAACAUAAUCCCAACUUCCAAGGAAUUUGAAGGUUCAACGUACACAUCAGUAGAUUUAAAUCAUGCAAGAUACUAAUAGAUGAACAGUAAGUGUUAGGGUUUAGGGCAGAAAGAACUUUGAGGAUCAGAAUUGGGGAAAACUUCAUGAAAGAACUGAGCUUUGGAGAAGUGGAAGGGAGGAGAAGGGGUGGCCAGAUUGGUCCCCCUGGAGCAGGGGUUGGGUCUGGCAUAUUUUGAGGACUUAAGCGCAUAGUUCUAUGCCAGAAACCAUGGAGGAUGUAGGGAAAAAAAAGAUUACUUUCAAAAAGUUUACAAACUUGUUGAGAUGUCUUAUACCAUCAACAAGCUUUUAUUAAGUGCCUAUUCUGUCUUAUGAGCUUGGAGUUGGCAAGAAAAGGCAGGGCAGAUCUCUGCUCUCUGGGAUGACUGACAAGAUGAUCAUCAAUGGAUCACUGCAUUUCCUGAUGGAGGCAUCCAAGAUGCUGUUUGCGGUACCACGGGAGGUGAGAGAGGAGUGAACUCUAUGUAUCCGGCUGCUCAGGCCUCACACUAGUCAGAAAAGCACACCAGAAUCAGGGACCUUCCAAGGAGAGAACUCCUCCUCUCUCAUCUAGAAAAACAAUGCUGUUUGGUGCUAAGAAAUGAUGGCAAAAACUCAUGGGUUAUAAGCCGGGUAUAGCAGUAUUACACAUAAAACACGCUAUUUCCAUCAUCUGGUCUUCUCAUGUUGACCUGUUGCAUCUUGAAUAAGGAAGUACUCCUAGGAAGGAGAUUAAAACCACCACCACAGUGACACAAUGGAGUGGUUACUGAGUAGCUCACUAAAAGAAUAAAACAAGAAUUCAGGUGGUACCCUUUUGAACGACCAAGCUGACACUCUGGUAUCGGCGACUUCAUGCAAGGCUCCAGCCAGGUCUUCCAUUAUUUUCCAGGAUCAUACAAUCAUUCAUGUCUUUGCUCAGAUUGGUCCCUUUGCCUACUUUUUAUCCAAAUGGGCUACCCCCUCAGGCCCUCAGUCUCUCUCUUUUUGAUUAUAGCACGGUUUGAGGGGUAGUGAUUUUGUCUUAUGCCUCUUCUGUAGCGUUUAACAAAGUGCCACGAAUACACUGGGUGCUCAUUUUUCUGGUUUUCCUGUCAUAGCUAGAGGAACCAAUGCACUCUUUCCCUUGUACUCUGCUAAAAGGAUGAAUUCAUUUACUCAGCUCCCCAGCUGUUGAGCCCACUUCCACCACUGCUUAUUUUCUUUGGAACAGGAACUGAAAACGCACUUCCUAAAUGGCUGAGAAUAUCCAAUUUUUCUUCCUGGCCCACUCUUUCGACUGCAAUGGGUCACCCUGCUCCUUCCUCACCCUUCAUCCAAGGUUCUUAAAAUCCACAUUCCUGCACCAACCUGAAAGGCAAUUUAUUAUUCCAAUGACCUAUCUGUUAGGAUGUUAAAAUGUAUAAAUAAGUAAAACUGACCCAAAAGAGAAACUCCUCAAUUUUGGACCAAGUUCUUAUUCAAGGAAUAGGCAUUUGUUUUGUUCUCUGUCAAAUCCUUUUAUGCGGCAAUGCAGUAAAGACAGGAACAGGCUGGUACAGUAUGGCAGUUCUUUUCUAUUACAAUUAAAACAACAUCUGUGAAGUUAUCUGUAUAAUUUCCUAGCCUCAAAAUGGUAAGUAAUAUCGAAGUGGCUUGUAAGCUGAAAACCCUGAAAUAACUCAAAACAAUCCCUUUAGGGUUUAUGUGGAAAAAAGAGUGCAAGUAUGCCCAUUUUACAGAUGUGUAUAAUACAGAUUUCCCUCCCCCUGGGAGCUUCCUUCAGCAUUCUCCCAAAGCAAAUGGGUACCUUGCCAUUUCUCUCUGAUAUACCUUGCUACCACUGCCAAUUCUGAAACUGUAGCACAAUAAAUCUGAAAAAAUUCUAAUUUUCCUUUUGCCUUGACAUUAAAUGAAUUUCAAGCCUUCAAUGAAGUGUAAAGCUAAAAGCUUCCUCAGUUCUUCUGAUGAAAAGAUAUGGGGUCAGGACAAAGAACACAAGGAAUAUGUAAACUUACAGUAGUUUAAAGGAACCUCUGAUUCAUCCAGGAGCCAUAACCCUUAACAGUUUUCAAGUCAGGACUUUUCCAUCCAACAGUGCUAAGAAGGGCUAAGCUAAUGAGGCAGAAAGAUCUCACCCACCUUUCUUGUGCCGUUUGAAGGGAACUACAAAAAAAUGGCCUUUGCUCAUUCAAAUGAAACCACUGCCCAAGCUGUUGUGGUGAUUUCAGUCUCUUGACAAUAACCAUCAGGCUUUGGGGGGGGGGGGUCAACGUUUGCCCUCAAUCAGUGUAGAUCCCACUGGCUUUAAGGAGGCUGAGACGAGCCCAAGGGACAACACUUGCACUCGGGUUCUCCUUUUGUUACAUGGAUGAAAUCUUGGUGUUAGGAAAAUGAUUUAUUCAUUCCACUAAACAUAUUAACCACAAAGCCUUAGAAAUAAACUCUGUGAAAUAUAAGCAUACAAAAAAAUCUGUCAUAAAAUAUUUGUUUCCACUACAGUUUUCUCUGCUAGCAAUGACAUUUAAAUGACAGUGAAGAUUUGGAACAGAUUACUUAAAAAUAGAGUUGCUCUGCCUUCCAUUUAAUAAC